AUGCAAUCCAUUGUUUCCACGUUUGUAGGGCUCCUGUUUCCCCAUACAUUGCGAGUGGAUGAAGAGAAGGGGAACGUUUAUUUUUUGCUUUAUGAAGCAUACUUUGGACGUUACAGUGUAAAGGUGAUCGGAACAAAAAAUAUAAUAGAGGACUCUUUCAAAGCUUAUAAUUCUUCAUGGGAUAUCAAAUAUUUAAAGGAAAUAAAGGAUCCCAUUCUCAUGGUCGCAACUGGCAACAUGGACCAGCAACCAACGGUUUCUGGGUUUUUAGGAAGGGCUGUAGAAGAGAAAUUUCAUUUGGCAGUUAUUGCACUAAGAAUAAUGCCAUGUAUUCCAUUGGUUACAGAGACUUUGAAAGAUAUGGUUCAUCCAGACAUAGGCCCCGUACAAAUUACCAAAGGUGUUAGAGAAGGAUAUUUUUAUGUAAAUCUGUCACUCAAUCAAGAUUUUACGAAUGGCCCUGAAUUUUACGCCUCUAAUACAGUGGAUGAAGAGCUUGGUAAAAUUUAG